AUGGUGGUCGUUGGCGUGAUCGUCCUUCUCGUCCUUCUCGUGGCAGUAACAGUGGACAGCCGUUGUCCAAGUAAACUGGAUUGCGUUUUGCAGAAGAGAGAGCUUUGUGCCCCAGGGAGCAAUGUUUGUGGCCCCUGCCGACACCUGUAUGAGGAAGCAAAGACUGGCUAUUGUAUAUUCAAAGCCGGAAGCAGAACAAAGUUUACAGGACCUGAUUCAGUGAUUGACAUUAUCCAGGAAUACAGGCUGACCAAAGGCCACAGAAUAAUAUCUACAGGCAUUGCUUCUGUUAUCACCACAAACACCGCUGCCUCUGCACAAGCUACGUCUCAGGGGAUUCAAUCCCCAAAUCUCUAUAAUGUCACUCCAACAAGGAGCCCUUCCCCAGCUGUUGCAACCUUUGCCCCUCAGCUGAAAGUGAAGAACAUGGGGAGGAGGAGGAAGUCUGAGAUGAACCAGUCCAUGUCACUAGCUCUGACUGUGAUAUGUAGUCUCACGGCUGUGUCUGGACUCCUUGUGGCAGCUUUGUGUUGGUAUAGGUUACAGAAAGAGGUGAGACUGGCUCAGGAGAUGGCAUACAAGGGCAACCAUCACCACCCCUGCAAGAGGUCUGCGGCUCACAUGUCUCAUUACGUCCAGCAGUACAGCAGUCAAAAGAAGCAAAUCAAGGCAAAACAGAGUCCAGAAAAGAAGCCUUGUCAACAACUUUCCACAGACUCUGAGGCGGAUAUUGAGGAAUUUGCGAUCUACGAGUGUCCUGGACUGGCACCGACCGGAGAGAUGGAAGUCCACAACCCUCUGUUUGACCCUUCGAGGACCAAGCAGUGA